AUGGACAAGUUAUUCUGGCGCAGAGCUGUGAAUUUUACAGUCAUUACUCGGCCAGUGGCUUUGCGGCCAGUGGCUUUGCGGCCACCGUCAUUUUGGAAGAGUAUGAUACCAAAGCCAUUCCGCCGACGCUCAGGACAAACUGUAAACUGGGGUGUGCCAAGAAAGCCAAAAUCGAAGGAGUGGAACCCGGCGACAUUUUUCAUCGUCAUUUUCCUCUUCAUUGGGUCCAUGUCUAUCCAGAUGAUUGCCAUGAAGAAAGAAUUCGAUAACUUUAUGAGACGCUCCGAAGUCCGCGUUGGUUUGCUACGUGAGGUUGUAGAGAAACUACAAAGAGGUGAAGAGGUGGAUGUUGAAAAGGCUCUUGGUACCGGCGACGUAGAAAAAGAGUUAGCUUGGGAAGACGUGUUAAGGGAGAUCGAGCGCGAUGACAUUCUGAAGAACACGAAGGAUACCGACAAGGCAAAACAGUCAGCACCAACUACAGUAAAGGUAGAAGCUAGAGAAGCCAAAAAGUCUAAAGAGGCCGCCAAUCCUGAAAGUACAGCGCCACAACGACCAAAGACUGGAAAUUAUUCAAAUUUCUUCUAG